AUGCCUACGGUCUACCUACCAAGCGCAUCUAAGAAGACGGCCACCCAAACAGUUACAUCUCUAUCGAAUGAGACAGACCAAUCCACCGACCGAGAUAUCCCAGCUCUGGGAGAGCAAGGAAGCGGGCGCAGAUUCUGGUUCCAGAAAGGCAAGAAGUAUGACCCCGACGCCAUUGCAACUCAGCCAUCGGUUUACGACAAUCCGGACAUUGCGAAGGAGUACCUGCCAAGGGAUGACUGGGAGAACUUGCACCGGUUCGAUCCAUCUGCAAGAUGGACCUGGGGAGAGGAACACAAAUUAGUCCGCAAGAUUGAUUUUCGGAUCAUGCUGUUUACCUGUAUUAUGUUCAUGGCUUUAGAGUUGGAUCGCUCAAAUCUUCAACAAGCAUUGACCGAUAAUUUUCUCGAGGACUUGGGUCUCACUACGAAUGAUUAUAACUUGGGAAAUACUGUCUUUAAGCUCUCGUUCCUUUGUGCUGAACUGCCCUCGCAACUCGUCAGCAAGUGGAUUGGACCGGACAGAUGGAUUCCUAUGCAGAUGACUCUUUGGUCAGUCGUUAGUAUGGCCCAAUAUGGUCUCAAGGGGAGGUCAUCUUAUCUUGCUUGUCGGUCUCUUCUCGCGAUUAUCCAGGGAGGAUUCAUACCCGACGUGAUCCUGUAUCUAUCAUACUUUUACAAGUCUCAUGAGCUUUCCAUUCGGCUUGGCUUCUUUUGGACAGCUUUACAUCUGGCCGACAUCCUAUCGAGCUUUCUAGCCUUUGGGCUGUUGCAUCUACGUGGUGUCAAUGGUCAGUCAGGCUGGCGGUGGCUAUUCCUCAUCGAGGGCCUCAUAACGUUGAUAAUCGGUCUUUCCGCAUUUAUCCUCAUGCCCCCUGGACCCUGCCAAACUGCCAGUUGGGGCCGAGGCAAGAAGGGCUGGUUUAGUCCACGCGAAGAAACGAUAAUGAUCAACCGUGUCAUUCGCGACGACCCAAGCAAAGGAACAAUGCACAACCGCGAGCCAAUAACACCUAAGCUCCUGUGUAAGAGUUUAUGCGACUUUGACCUGUGGCCAUUAUAUGCCCUGGGCCUCACAUUCCAAAUCCCCAACCAGACACCCUCGCAAUAUCUGACACUAACGUUGAAGGGCAUGGGUUUUGGCACGUUUGUCACUAAUCUUCUCACCAUUCCUAGUCAAGUUGCGCAAAUCUUCACCAUGCUGGCAUUGACGUGUGUGUCUGAAAUAUUCGGCGAGCUAACCUUGACCGCCAUGUUUCCUCAAAUCUGGGCUUUGCCGUUUGUCGUAUACUUGUAUGCGGUUGAUAUUAAUUCCAUCAAUAGAUGGGUGGCAUGGGUUAUCAUGACAUUGUUUUUGUCGCUUCCUUACGCACAUCCGAUCCAGGUUGCGUGGAAUUCAAGAAACUCGAAUACCGUUCGUUCGCGGACUGUAUCUGCCGCUAUGUAUAACAUGUGCGUGCAAGCAUCGGGUAUCAUUUCUUCGAAUAUCUAUCGAGCAGAUGAUUCACCUCGCUAUAAGAGAGGAAAUCGCGUUCUUGUUGGCUUGGCGGUUAUGAAUAUUUUCAUUUACCUGUUGACCAAGGUAUACUAUGUCUGGCGUAAUGCCAGUCGCGAUAGGAAGUGGAACGCUAUGUCAAAGGACGAGAAGAUGAAUUAUUUGGCUACGACCAAGGAUGAGGGGAAUAAACGGUUGGACUUUAGAUUUGCGCAUUAG